ACGAUCCCAUUACCGGGCUCAUCCAACCAGGGCAGCGCCUUCAAUCAGCUUUGCGAAUUUACGUCUCGCAAACGAACACACCAUUUCUUUGACUCUUCGUCACCUCCGCAAUCCUGCCAAGGCGAAUCACCCGCGCGACCUCGCUCUCGAACCGGUCAGACGCGACCGACACCCGUCGUCAACCCCCAUCACAACGAAUUCGACAGCAUGUACUCACAACAUGCCGCCGCGGGCAUGGCCCCCCAAAAGCCAGAGACCUUCAUGCUGAGCACCGAGGCCCAGCAGGCGUUGCCUCACGACGCCCAGGUCGCUUUGCAACAGGUUGACAACCUGAAAUACUUCCUCAUUUCUGCUCCUGUUGAUUGGCAACCCGAUCAGUACAUCCGCAGAUUUCUCCUUCCCACGGGCGAGUACGUCUCUUGCGUUCUCUGGAACAACCUCUUCCACAUCUCCGGAACCGACAUCGUCAGAUGCCUGUCCUUCAGAUUUCAGGCUUUCGGGCGGCCAGUGAAGAACUCUAAGAAGUUCGAGGAGGGCAUCUUCUCCGACUUGAGAAACCUGAAGUCGGGAACCGAUGCAUCGCUCGAGGAGCCCAAGAGCCCCUUCCUCGACUUCCUCUACAAGAACAACUGCAUUCGCACACAAAAGAAGCAGAAGGUCUUCUACUGGUAUAGCGUACCCCACGACAGACUCUUCCUUGACGCUCUCGAGCGUGAUCUGAAGCGCGAGAAGAUGGGUCAGGAGGCCACCACCGUCGCCGUUAGCGAGCCUGCUCUGUCAUUCCAGUACGACUCGUCCCAGUCGCUCUAUGAGCAGCUCACCAAGGCCCAGCAGGCCAACUCCUCGUCUUUCAACGCCCAGCAGGUCACCUUCUCUCAGUCCCAGUCCACCUCGCCGAUCAUGAGACCCAUGGACAACAUGCCGCCCCCGCAAAUGAUUCCUCAAUCAGUUGCUCCUAUGCAGGAUGGCAUGGAGUCGAUGGUGCCCUACGGAGCGAUGGGCAUGCCUCAGCAGAUGCCUCCCCAGCAGAUGGUCAAGAGGGAACCCGAUUUCGCUCGCGUCCAGUACAACCAGAACGGUGUUCCCAUCACCCAGGGUCACCAGAGACACGCUUCGAUGCCCGCCUACGGCCUCGAGUACUCUCCCGCCCCGUCAUUCGUCUCUUCUCAGUACGAGGACUACAGCAACCGCGGAAUCUCCUUCGAGCCCAUUACACCUCCCCAGCAGGCCUUGGGCAUGGCCGCCGAGCCCGCCUACAUCGCCAACGAGGAGACCGGCCUGUACACCGCCAUUCCCGACCACAUGGGCGGCAACGUCAACGGCCUCAACGGCAUGAUCCAGCUUCCCCCCUCCAACCUCGCCGGCCCUCAGUUCUCGAGAGCCUAUGGUUCAAACAACGUCUACUCCGUCAUUGAAGGAUCCCCCACCUACAAGCAGAGGAGACGGCGUUCAUCCAUCCCGCCGUCAAUGUCAGCCAUUGCCGCUGCCACUGCCCAAGCGCAGGCACAGGCUGCCGCUCAGCAACAGCAGCACCAACAACACCAACAGCAGCACAGACCCUCGGAUCUCCGGCGGUCGGUCUCUGCAUCCGUCGGUCCUGUGGCUGAAGGCGACGAAUCUGCAGACAACUCCCCGCCCGGCCUUGCCUACAGCAGCUCCGCCAUGUCCAUGGUAAGCCAGCAGCACAAGGAGAUGCUGGACCUGUCCCGGCACGGCACUCCGCUGUCCACUGUCGAGGGCAGCCCCGCUCUCAACCCUAUGUCCCUCCAGCAGCAAGACUACUCCCACCUCCAACACGAUGAUAUGUCCGGUGAUGGUUCUAUGAACGGCGCUCCCCGGCCUGGCAUGCAGGGCCCCAACGGUGUCGUUCGCAGAGCCCGCUCCGCGACUGUCAUGGAACUUGGUCCCUACCCCCAGAAGUCCCACUCCUGCCCUAUUCCCACGUGUGGUCGUCUCUUCAAGAGAUUAGAGCACCUCAAGAGACACAAGCGUACUCAUGACCGUGGUGAGAACGGCGAGGCUGCUCUCAACUUCUCCGGCGAGGAGGAGGAAGAGUACUCUGGCGAGGACCAGCUGGGUUCCCUCGAGGAGGCAUCGCCCAACUCCGAGAACGCCUACGUCACCGCUUCGCUCAACGGUGUUGCCAACGGCUCGACACCGCCGACAUCGAACGGCAUGGCGCAAUCGUUCAACAGCUUGCAGACGCUCAGCAUGCCGAUGACCAUCAGCCAACCGGCAGUCAACGCGAGCGCCAUCAUGUGA